AGUCCAACAGCCAAACUCCUCCUCGGUCCGGCGGCGGCGGGACGCCUUCCUCUUCUUCCUCCCCAAGAAGCUCGCCGCCACCUCGCGCGGGCGCAGAUCGCACCAAAGGCAAUGGCGUCCCCCGAGCCCGCCGCGCAGCCCAGCCCCGCGCAAGAGCCCUCCACGCCCGCCGCGGCUGGCCGAGAAGAGGCGCCGCGGGAACCGGCCCCGGAAGCAGCCGCGCCCGGAGCGGCGGCGGCGGAGCCGGAGAAGGUGGAGGGGGAGGGGGGAGAGGACGAGGAGGAGGAAGGGGAGUGCGGGUUCUGCCUCUUCAUGAAGGCCGGGGGCUGCAAGGACGUCUUCGUGGCGUGGGAGGAGUGCGUCGAGGCGGCGCAGAAGGAGGGCGCCGACAUGGUCGAGCGCUGCCACGAAGUCACCGCCAACCUCAAGACGUGCAUGGACGCGCACGCCGACUACUACGCGCCCGUGCUCCAGGCCGAGCAGGCCGUCAACGAGCGCGCCGAGGCCGAGGCCGCUGCCGCCGCCGCGAAAGAGGAGCCAGCGACCGAUGCGGAGAAGAAGGCAGAGGCCGUGCCAGAGCAGGCUGCUCCCGCGUCGCCGGCCUCCAGCGAGGGGAAGACGGGAGAAGCAGUUGCCGAGAAGGUUUGAGUAACUAACAAUUGGUGGGUUGGUUUAUACUUCCUGAGGUUAAUUUUGGUUCCCCUUGUGGGGGAAAUAAGGCUGUUCCACGCUUAAUUGAUGGGACGACGCUUAAUUGUUGGGACGUGGCAUUCAAUUUGCGGAAGAAAUUUUGAUAUUGUGCUGUUACGUGAUCU